GAGAAGGAUAGAGGUGGAGGCAGAGACAGCGGAAGAGACAGCUGUGGAGUGAGAUAGAGAGAACUGCAGGAAGAGAGCAAGAAAGAGAUAGAGAGAUUUAGAAUUUGACAGAGAAUUAGACACAGGGAAAGGAGGCACACACAGCACUCACCCUCCACUGACCCCUCGUCUUACCCUCGACUCACCCUUAUCUCCCCACUUACAACAACCUGAGGCAGAGACACASAGCUCUACCAGCGCAGAGAUGAGAUGACUGGACACACACUAACACACACAUUUUCUCUCUGUUGAAAGAAGACCAGAAUACACACUUUCUUUUUGUUUUCUGUCUCAGCUCCUGCUCUCGUUCUUGGACAGGAAAAAAAGGAUUAYAGUUUAUUUCUUCAGCACAGUCUUUAUUCUCCAAAAUCCCCGAGUCACGUUGGACAAUUUGGAUACGUUCCUCUUUUCUUUCUCCCUCCAAGAGCUCGGAGCAACAUGGCACAGGGACAAAAGAACCACAGCGACAGCAGGCAGAAGCGGGCACAACUACUCACUAACCCCUUCUCCACCAUGGCACUGUCCCUCUCCAUGUCCUUCUUCCUCCUCCUCCUCUUCCUCACCUCCCCUGCCUCGGCCGCCGAYGAAUACGACUACUACAGCUGGCAAUCAGACAACUUCCACAACGGUCGUUUCUACACGAAGCAGCCGCAGUGUGUGGACAUCCCCGCCGAUUUACGCCUCUGUCACAACGUGGGCUACAAGAAGAUGCGCCUCCCCAACCUGCUGGACCACGAGACCAUGCCGGAGGUCAAACAGCAGGCGGGUAGCUGGGUGCCGCUCCUCGCCAAGCGGUGCCACGCAGAUACACAGGUGUUCCUGUGUUCCCUUUUCGCCCCGGUGUGUCUGGACAGGCCCAUCUACCCGUGUCGCUCGCUGUGUGAGGCCGUGAGGGAUAGCUGUGCCCCCGUUAUGGAAACCUACGGGUUCCCUUGGCCAGAGAUGUUGACCUGUGAUAAGUUUCCUAUUGAUAAUGAUCUGUGUAUCCCCAUGCAGUUUGCUGGGAACCAGGCCACCCCAGCUCCAGCAUCUAAAGCCUGCCCUCCAUGUGACAACGAACUGAAAGCUGACACCAUUAUGGAACAUUACUGUGCCAGUGACUUUGCUAUCAAGAUGAAGAUCAAAGAAGUGAAGAAAGAGAAGGGCGACCGUAAACUCAUCGCUGCCCAGAAGAAGAAGAAGGUGCUCAAGAUGGGUGUCCUGCGUAAGAAGGACUUGAAGAAGCUGACACUGUACAUAAAGAAUGGAGCCAACUGCCCCUGUGCUCAGCUCGACAGUCUUGGCAGUAACUUCCUCAUCAUGGGUCGUAAGGUGGACCAGCAGCUGCUGCUCAUGUCCAUCCAUAAAUGGGAGAAGAAGAGCAAGGAGUUGAAGUUCGCCAUUAAGUACAUGAAGAGUCAUCAGUGUCCCACCUAUCAUACUGUCUUCCAGUGACCUUAGUGAUACAACAAUCACAACCCUACUCCCAGUCUUCCCCAGUUGUCCCUCCCUCUCCCGUCUAUCCUUCCAUUGUCCUACCUAUCAUACUGUUUUGCUGUGACACCGUGGAGAUGUAUCCUUCAUAUCCAGUGGUGUUGUGAUGCCUGUAGAAGUGGGUAUACUCUAAUUCUGCCCAAAAUAAUCUCAAAUGGCCCGCCCAUCAAAGGAAAGGCAAAAAAUAUAUAUAUUUUCCUAUAGUUUUUAUGUAUUUUCCUAUAGAUUUUUCAGGUUUUCACUCUCAGAAU